AUGGCUGCUGUGCUGAGUCGCAAGUCACGACAAGUCAUCGCCUGGAAUUUGAAAAACCCAUGGACCCAAGUGAGCGAGGGAUCGUUGUGUUUAGCCUCAAAUAACGUCCUUGGCACUUGUACUUCCCUGAAAAAUUGCUAUCCGUAUUUCAAGUUUCCGGAUUUGUAUUCGUGGGAGCGUUGGAUUAUCGGAAAUUACGACACGUGCAGUUAUUACAACGAAAUGGGCUAUCAAACGUUCGGGAUUUGUUGCACAAAUAGCGUUCAGCAAGUUGGAGCAGGUACCGAGUCACCCGUCACUGUUGAGGAAAGUAACGAUUUGGGCGGCAUAAAAGACAGCAAUUACCCAAGUUGGCCGCCACCAAUUCCGACACAUCCGCCAGAUCACACGCCAGCAACGCAUCCGCCGCAUUUCGGGGCACCAACGACGACGCCAGCUCCUCCGCCAACGACAACGAGUAAACGAACCACGACACGUUACACGACGAAACGAACGACUUCGACAACUUCGUGGCCUGGAUGGCCCCCAACUUCGGCAACGCAUCCUCCUCCUGCGCCAACGGAAACGGAGGAAAGUGAAAGUUCGAGUUUUAAUGAUGCGUCGUGUGGUGCCAAAAGUGCUCGCGUGAUUGAAACGGAGGAUGAUGCGUUCAAAGUUGUUGGAGGACGUCCUUCGGUGUUGGGUGCCUGGCCAUGGAUUGCAGUUUUGUUCAACGGGGGCAAACAAUUUUGCGGAGGAAGUCUUAUCGAUAAUAUUCAUAUUUUGACUGCAGCACAUUGCAUCGCUCACAUGUCUUCAUGGGAUGUCGCUCGCUUGACAGUCCGUUUAGGAGAACAUAACAUCCACACAACUACCGAAACGCAACACGUUGAACGUCGCGUCAAACGUUUAGUGCGUCAUCGUGGCUUUGAUAUGAGAACUCUGUACAACGACAUUGCAAUUUUAACACUCGAUCAACCAGUGCAAUUUACGAGCAAAAUUCGUCCAAUUUGUCUUCCAUCGGCAAGCUCAUCUCGCAAAUAUAACGGAUUAACGGGAACAGUUGCUGGCUGGGGAAGUUUGUUGGAAAACGGGCGACAACCAUCGACGUUGCAGGAAGUCGAUUUGCACAUUUGGUCGAAUCAGGAAUGCAAGCAAAAGUAUGGAGCAACCGCACCUGGAGGCAUCAUUGAUUCGAUGAUUUGUGCUGGAACUGGAGGCAAAGAUUCCUGCUCGGGAGACUCUGGAGGCCCGUUGAUGUUGAAUGAUGGUCGCUGGGUUCAAGUUGGAAUUGUCAGUUGGGGCAUUGGUUGUGGCAAAGGACAAUACCCCGGCGUGUAUUCUCGAGUAUCAUCUUUCCUGCCUUGGAUCACGAAGAACACCAAGGACUACUAACCUGUUGAAUCUGCAAUCCAUGAAGAUGUUCGACUUAAAAAUAAAAUAAAAAAACGGAUUAAUUCAUGAUUUAUAUUCAUUUCUAUUUUAAUAUUAUUAUCAUUUUUAUUUUUAGCUAUGCCAUAUAUAAUAAUUAAUUAU